AUGGUAAAAAGAUGCUGCUGGGGUACCUGUAACACGGACAGCAGGUUCCCCGACCGUCUGGAAGGUGGAGUGACAUUUAUACCCUUUCCUAAACCCGGCAGGAGUUUGGAAAAAUGCAAAGAAUGGAUAAGACUGUGUGGCAGACCACAAUCACAACUGAACGAAGAAAUCUUGCGUGAGCGUAGUAAAGCCAAACACCUGUUUGUCUGUUCUAAGCAUUUUGUUGAUGGGAAGCCAUCCGAUUUGUAUCCAAAUCCAAGGUCUGCACUUCCCAAUGACAGGAUAACACCAAGCAGAAAGAGACCAAUGCCAAGACCUGAUUUGACAAAAAGUACCAAACGAAAAAUUCUGGAUAUCGUGGAUGAAAACGAUAACAUCGAAAUGGAGAGCAUUGUGGUGCCAUCUGAAGUGCAAUUAGACAUGCAGAAAGAUGACAAUUUGCUUAUGAAAGAAACACAACCUUUAGACCUACUGGCUCUGGCUGCUGAAAACAGAAGAUUAGACCAGGAGCAUGCCAAACUUAUAUCAAACAACGCACGUUUAAGUGAAGGUUAUUCUAAAAUGAUACUUCAAUAUGAACAGUUAUGUCGAAAGACAACUUCCCAUGAGGUACAGGGGGAUUACAAGGCCAUGUUCAGCUGUAAUAAUUUGAAACCAUCAGAUUACCAGUACUACACCGGAUUUUCCAGUGACAGAUUUCACAAUUUGGUCAAGUUUUUUAUCCCAUCAGAAGAAGAGCCAUUUACAUUUACAAAAACAGUGAGUGGAACAAAAAAUAUUUCUUUGGAAGACCAGCUUCUUCUUGUGCUGAUGAAGUUACGACAAAAUUUUGAUUUUAGAGGAGAUAGUGAGGAAUAUGCCAUCGAAGUACAAAGAGGAUUUUCCUGA